AUUGUUUGCAAGCGUGCACUACAAGGUGACCAGCUAUCGGAUUCGUUUGAAAAUUCAAUGUCAUUACAUUGUCGUGAUUGCUUGAUGUUUGAAUCUCGUAUGUAUAUUUGCCUUGAAAUCAUUAUACGUAAACAUUAUCGAUGAUACGAACUUGGAAAAUUGCGUACACGAUCGUUUGUACCUGAACGAAAUCAUGUAUUUACGUUUAGACGACAAACAACAACAAUGAAUAGUCGUCGCGUUCGUUUUACGAUCGCCUGAUAGUAUUUGGAUAUUUUUACACUUUAUUGCACGAUUGUGAUACGAGAGAAUGAUACAACCGUUAUGACACACGAUAAAUGUGUUUUUUUAUUCCAAGUGAAAAAUGUCGACCGAAAUCUUACUCGGUUUGACGAGUUGCAAGACUUAAAACACGCGAAGAAUCGAGACUGUUGAGAUUGUCGCAACAGGUAUUCGUGUAAACAUUAGAAUGGAGAGCAAUCCAAGAAGUGAUGAUUGCGAAAAUCAGGGAACAAGUACAUUGUCGAAGAAAGAUGAAACUCCUACCACGUCUCAAGCUGUACAAGGCUGUUCGGAUGCUAAGAUACCUACGGAUACCAAAAAUACUCAAGUUCGUGUUGUCAGAGGUACAAAGAAGGUGAAAUUAGAUGUUGGGGACAGUAACAAUUCUGAAAAAAAAGAUUCUAAAGAUGAAGAAGCUAAUGCUGAGGUAAAGGUGAGAUCUCUCAAAAGAUCUUGCGAAUUAUGGUCCAUGGAAGAUAAGAAUACUUUCUUCAAAGCCUUGAACGAAUACGGGAAAGAUUUUGAUGCUCUGCAAAGUUUUUUCCUAUCUCAGGGAAAGAAGAAGGGUCUACCAGAUGUUAUGAUAAAGAAUAAGGAGCAGAUUAGGCAUUUUUAUUACAGAACCUGGUUAAAAAUUUCAAAACACUUAAAAUUUUCAGAAGACGUGAAGAAAACCUCUCAGGAGUUGUAUGGCCUAAUUAAUUACGGUGAACUCAGAAGAAAAUUACCACGAAUACACGAAAAAAUACAUUUGAAAUUGAAUGAACUAGUUUACUGGGGAUCCACGCAGGUCAGACUUAGAGGAAAAACUAUGCGAAUUAAAACACCUAUAUGUAGGGCACUGAGAAAACUGAAUCAAUUAGAAGAUUGGCAGGAAGAAAUCAAGUUACCGUCUCGGAUAACGAUAGAAUUAAGACCUCGUAACAACAUGGCGUGGUGGCAAGUACAAGCAUCCGCGAUGAAUCCGAGAGUACGCACUUUACUACCUAUACAGAGACGUUUGUCCAGUUUGCUAAUAUUUUUACAACAAAGAUGGAGGCCUGCGAAAUAUAACACAUCUUCUAAUACAGAGAAUAAUAUCGUCAAUGAAACAAAGGAUAUUCGGCUGUUACGAGUGGCACCUCCGGAUGGAUCUAAAAUCACUUUACCCAUGGUGAAUCUUGGAGAGUAUCUCACGAGUAACAGUGUCAGUUUAAAUUCCUAUGAAAAACGUCUGGGACUAAAAAGUUCCAGGCUAGACUUACUUGGAUCGGUGCAGUAUUUGAAAGGUGUUGGAAAGAAGGGGAUUAAGAAAAGUAAGGUGGAGAAAAAGGGUGCCAAUCAAACCGAGGAUAAUUGUACGGUGCCGGACAAUAACAGCGAUGUCGAUGCGAUAGAAUCUGGCAGUAAUGUUUCAGAGAAACCAUCGGUUCUUAACAUUUCAGAGAAGUUAACAUUGGAACCACAGCCGACAGAACCUAAUAGGUUCCCAGGAAGGGAAACGGUUGAAAGAAUUCGAAAAGGAUGGAACAUCGAGGAAGCAAACACCAUCACCGUGGGAGACCUCUUUUUAAUGUUUGGUCGCGAGUCUAAAAUUACUCUAGAGUAUUGGUGGGAUUGGAACCCACGAGAACAACGUACCGAAGAGCCAGCAUCGAUCAGUUUACGGGACGAUAAUUUGUGCCUAACUUUGCAAAAAUUAUUAUCGAUAGCCAAACACAGUUAUGGUUCAAAUAAAGUGUACGAUAAUACUUCCGGAAGUAACGAAACCGUAAUUUCAUCUCGUAUGCUAUCGACAAAGGAGUCGACCUUCAGAAGACCUCUUAUACCGCAAACUUAUCCUAAAAUCGGUACACCAGACGCUUUCAAAACACAGCUAGACAAAUUCAAGACGCGCUUCUGUAAACGAGGCAGAACCGUAAGGCAGAAAAGUCUUAUUGUGCAAAGGGUGUUACCAAUAAUAUCUGCAUCGAGUAGUCCAUCGGAAGAUUUACCACCUACCCCUCAAGAGACAAGCAAACCAAAUGAUUCUCCUUUCAAUAAUAACGAUCAACGAAAUGACAAACCGCCGUCGAUAAACAUAAGCGAGCCGCAAGAGAAAAGCUUUUUAAUCGAACUGAACGCGGCAAGGGAUUCGAAACCUACGAAUUCGAUCAUAACUAGUGCUACACAGAUUCUCAAAGAAGGAGAACAUCAGUGGCUGAAUAGCGAGGUAGCGGAUUUUUCUUUGAGCAGUUUUUUGGGUCAGCUCGAGUCACCUAUGAAAAUCUCACAAAGAAGUCAAAACGGAGAGCAUAUAGAAGAUAUUCGUCCAUCGUCCGACGUUGUGUCGCAUAUGCAGUGUCUCAUGGGGGAAAAUAGCGUAGAUUACAUGGCAAAAUUUGCGAAUCUCGCGUCGCAAAUUGCAUCGGAUGAUAAUAAGAAAUAAGAAUAGAAAUAAAUUAGUUAAAUUUUGUAUAGAUUUUAACUGAGAUAUUUAACGAUCUUAUACUUUGUAAAUUCGGUCUAAAUAUUUAACCCUUUGAUAUUCCAUU